CCUGCUUUGGGACCAGGGUUCAUAGCUGAAGCUGCUACGUACAGACCAACAGGUAGGCUCGGUUGGUUCUGGGUGUGGCCCCCUCGCUGGGGGAAGGAAACCAUCACUGGACAGGCUGGAGAGGUCUCUAGGGAACCAGGGAUCGGCAAGGGGCUGCAGACUCAUUCACUGCCCCAGGCUGGGACAGGACAGGAGAAUGAAAGGCCUCCGCUGGCGUUACACUCGACUGCCCAGCCAAGUGGAGGAUGCCCUGUCUGGGGAGCAGAGUGAGGAAGAGGAAGAGGAGAAAGAGGAGGAGGCAGCCCCAGCCCCUGUUGCUGAAGAUCUCGUGGAGCCCCAGCUGACAGAAGCCAGCCAGGUUCUGGGAACCUCGGAGAUUAGGCAGCUCAGCUUCCACCUCCCCUCGAGAGUCACUGGACAGCCCUGGAAUCUGGUCUUCUGUACAUCGAGGGACGGCUUCAGUCUUCGGAGCCUGUACCGGCAGAUGGAGGGCCACAGCGGGCCAGUGCUGCUGGUGCUGAGGGACCAGGACGGGCAGGACGAGCCUACAUUACUGAGCCUGGAGAAUGGGGGUGCCAGAGGACUCCCAACUCCCUUUCACCUGCAAACCACAAGUUCUGCUUUCCAGACAUUUGGAGCCUUCUCCUCCUCAGCUAUCCGGCUCAGCAAAGGCUUCUAUGGUACCGGCGAGACAUUCCUCUUCUCCUUCUCCCCACAGCUGAAGGUCUUUAAGUGGACAGGAAGCAACGCAUUCUUUGUGAAAGGAGACUUGGAUUCACUGAUGAUGGGCAGUGGCAGUGGCCAGUUUGGGCUGUGGUUGGACGGAGACUUGUAUCAUGGAGGAAGCUACCCUUGUGCGACCUUCAACAAUGAAGUGCUUGCCCGGCAGGAGCAGUUCUGCAUCAAGGAGCUGGAGGCCUGGGUUCUGAGCUGAUGUCCCUGUGGCAGGCAGUGUCCUGUGGCAAUAGACAGAGCCUCAAGCUAUCUUCCUGGGUAGAGUGCUGUGGCCUCAUAGCUCGCAAUGACCUCAAACUCCUGGGCUCAAGUGAUUCUCUUGCCUCGGCUUCCCGAGUAGCUGGGACUACAGGUGCCCACCACAACGCCUGGCUAUUUUUUUGGUUGUAGUUAUUGUUUGGCAGGUUCCGGCCGGAUUCAAACCUGAUAGCUCUGGUGUAUGUGGCUGGUGCCUUAGCCACUUGAGCUAUAGGUGCCGAGCCAUAAACAAGAUUUUUUAACUGCCUAAAACUCACCUACCCCAAACUCCUAAUGUUUUCAUGUAUAUAUCCUUU